ACUUGACAAUAAUUAUUUGUUUUACAUUCUAUAAGUGUCUUCAAUUUGAUUUAAUAGUUUUUGUGGCUUGAGGUAGCUUUAAAAGGUAGUGUUGUGCUUUGAAAAAUAGUUGAUUUGCGAAACCAACCAGAAACCAGAACCCAAUAUUACCCAGUGAAACGGACCCCGAACGGAGUCAAUAAUUAUGGAAGGAGUAAGAACGACUUCAACAACCGAUGCAGCAUCAAGCAGUACUGCUAUUGGGGCAGACAAUUCCGGUGGUACUCACUAUCAGCAGCUGCAAGAAUUGAGCGAUCCAUCGCUAGUUCACAAUAUGCGCGAGUGCUUUCUUUGUACUAAAAUGAUAUCCAUCGGGGUGGGAGUAGUAUUAGUCAACUGUUUGCAUUUCUCGUGUACCGAAUGUCUCAAGAAGUCACUCCUUCGAGCCACCACUAUCCGUUGUCCUUUCCCUAAUAAUCGGUACGAAUGUGAAGGAUUUCUGAAUGAGCGGGUUCUGGAAACACUGCUAAGCCCGCAGGAGUAUUGUGAUUUAGUUGAUCGUCAGAUUGAAGCUACUAAGGACGAAGCAUCAAUGAUUCUGCUGACCGAUGCUGGUUUGGCUCCAAAUCCGGAAUCGUUCGAUUGUCCAAUUUGCUCCAAAACGUACGAAGCCUAUGAAGGCGUGCUUUUACUUGACUGCCUACAUAGCUUUUGCCGCAAUUGCCUUAGCAAUUCCAUUAAACAGGCGGAGGAUGUGAUUGUUCGUUGUCCCAACAAAGACAACAAUAAUCCAUGUGGCAACGUGAUUCUGGACCGAGAUAUACAGUGUCUUCUCAGCGUUGAAGAUUACAACGUUUAUUUGGACCAAUCAUUAGGGAAGGUCGGCAAUGCACGUGAUUGUAAGAUUCGGAAAAGGAACGGUGGCUGCUCAAUUGUGGAUCCUGGCAGCUCUUUGGAGUGCUCGACAUCGAACUCAGUUCCAAUCGAAUCUACUACUUCGACAAGUAACACUGAAAAUCAGUAUCAGCAGCUGUUGGAGUUAGACAAACAGGCUUUAGUUCACAAUAUUGAUGAGAGCGAAUGCAUUCUUUGUAGCAAAAUGAUAUCUAUUGGAAAGGGAGUUCUAUUGGUCAAUUGUUUGCAUUCAUUUUGUACUAAAUGUCUCAAAAAUUCCCUACUUGAAGCCACUACUAUUGGUUGCCCCUUUCCAAAUGGUCUGCAUGAAUGCGAAGGGAACCUGGUUGAGAGAGAACUUAAAGCACUGCUGAGUGCGCAAGAAUAUAAUGAUUUGAUGGAGCGUCAACUGGAGGCAAUUAAGAACGAUAUGGUGCAAGCUACCAGAAGUGCUACAGAAGUGUCGGAAGAAUUGGACAUGCUAAUGACGCUUACCGAUGCUAGUGUGGUUCCGAAUCCGGAACCGUUCGAUUGUCCGGUUUGUUUCGGACCAUACGAUACUUACGAAGGGGUGAUUCUACGUGAAUGUUUCCAUAGUUUUUGCCGAGAUUGUCUAAUUAAUUCCAUUAAGCAUGCCGAUGACGUGAUCGUUCAGUGUCCUUUCACGGAUGACAAGAAUUCAUGUGAAUGUUUAAUUCAAGACCGGGAAAUCAAGUGUCUUCUUAGCGCUGAUGAAUAUAACGAGUAUUUGGGACGAUCGUUGAGGAAGGCCGAAAGUUUGGCCAACAAUGCAUUUCAUUGUAAGACACCCGACUGCAUUGGAUGGUGCUUGACUGAGAACAAUGUCACUUCAUUCUGGUGUCCCAUAUGUUUUACAGAUAAUUGUUUGAAAUGUAAGACUAUUCACGCCAAUAUGAGCUGCAAAGAUUAUCAGGACAAGCUGAGUAGGAAUGAUGAGAGCGGUCGUUCGGAACAGGCCUUGGAAAAUAUGGUAGCUUCUGGAGCUGCCAUGCGUUGCCCGAAGUGCAAAAUCGUUCUAACGAAAAUCGCCGGAUGUGACUUCAUGACCUGCAGUGUGUGCAAGACUGCUGUAUGUUGGGCUACACGAGGUCCUCGCUGGGGGCCAGGUGGUGCUGGCGAUACCAGUGGAGGCUGUCGGUGUAACGUAAAUGGCGUGAAAUGCCAUCCCAGUUGCAUGAACUGCCACUGAUAAUUAAGGUAUUCUGUUUGAUUUCCAUUACUGCCCUCAAAUGCAUAACAGUGUCGUCUUUGCUUGAUUUCCUAUUAAAAUGGGAAUGUUAUGCGUUUAUAGGUAGAUUAUUGCUUCUUCAAUUAAGUUGUGUUCACGUCAAUUAAG